AUGAACCCUUUUAUUUCCGGAUUAUUUGUCAGUCUCGCUUGUGGUGUCCAUUCUAGAAUGACUCCACUUUCAGGGGCGACAAGCUCGGCGCGUGGGCCCUCUGAGAUAAGCGCCGCUGAUUGGAAUGCUGGAGCGGUUUCUAAGAUUAAAUGGGCUCAAGGUAUAAAAAAGAUGUACAAGGAUAUGGGAGAAGGACAGACACUUCGGUUGAUAUAUAAUGAAGAAAAACGAUCUCUCAGUCCCGAUCGUCAAGAAUUCGAGGGUAGAAUUAGAAAAAUACUCGAUGAUCAUGAGAUACAACAGCUAAUGGAAACUUCAGAGGAUUUCGAAGAAACGUCUACGAUGGCACCUUCACAGCAAAGUAUGUCACGUACAGAGGAUAUAGCAGAUGAACCAAUGAAGGAGGGCCCCAAACAUAAUAGUCAAAGAUGUAGAUUUUGCCCACAAACAAGAAGACGACUCUGGGUGCUGUGGACAAAUGAAUUUGAUGAAAAACAUCCUGACUAG